AUGGUGCAUUGGUCAGUGGACGUGGUCGUGGACGUGGACGUGGACGUGGACGUGGUCGUGGUCGUGGACGUGGACGUGGACCUGGACGUGGACGUGGACCUGGACGUGGACGUGGACGUGGACUUGGACGUGGACGUGGACUUGGACGUGGUCGUGGACGUGGAGGUGGACUUGGACGUGGACGUGGACGUGGACGUGGUCGUGGACGUGAACGUGGUCGUGGACGUGGUCGUGGACGUGGGCCUGGACGUGGACGUGGACGUGGACGUGGAGGUGGACGUGGUCGUGGACGUGGACGUGGACGUGGUCGUGGACGUGGACGUGGACGUGGACGUGGACGUGGACGUGGUCGUGGACGUGGACGUGGACGUGGACGUGGUCGUGGUCGUGGACGUGGACGUGGACGUGGAGGACUUGGACGUGGAUGUAGACGUGGACGUGGACGUGGUCGUGGACCUGGACCUGGACGUGGACGUGGACGUGGAGGACUUGGACGUGGACGUGGACGUGGACGUGGACGUGGUCGUGGACGUGGACGUGGAUGUGGACGUGGUCGUGGACGUGGACGUGGACUUGGACGUGGACGUGGACGUGGACGUGGACGUGGUCCUGGACGUGUACGUGGACGUGGACGUGUACGCGGACGUGGACAUGGAGGACGUGGACGUGGUCGUGGACGUGGACGUGGAUGUGGACGUGGUCGUGGACGUGGACGUGGACUUGGACGUGGACGUGGACGUGGACGUGGUCCUGGACGUGUACGUGGACGUGGACGUGUACGUGGACGUGGACGUGGACGUGGAGGACUUGGACGUGGUCGUGGACGUGGUCGUGGUCGUGGACGUGGACGUGGUCGUGGUCGUGGACGUGGACGUGGACGUGGUCGUGGACGUGGACGUGGACUUGGACGUGAACGUGGACGUGGACGUGGUCGUGGACGUGGACGUGGACGUGGACUUGGUCGUGGUCGUGGACGUGGAUGUGGUCGUGGACGUGGACGUGGACUUGGACGUGGACGUGGACGUGGACUUGGACGUGGACGUGGUCGUGGACGUGGACGUGGACCUGGACGUGGACGUGGAGGACGUGGACGUCGACGUGGAGGACGUGGACUUGGACGUUGACGUGGACGUGGACGUGGACGUGGUCGUGGACGUGUUCGUGGACGUGGACGUGGACGUGGACGUGGUCGUGGACGUGGACGUGGAUGUGGACGUGGUCGUGGACGUGGACGUGGACAUGGACUUGGACGUGGACGUGGACGUGGACCUGGACGUGGUCCUGGACGAGGUCGUGGACGUGGACCUGGACGUGUACGUGGACGUGGACGUGGACGUGGAGGACUUGGACGUGGACGUGGACGUGGUCGUGGUCGUGGACGUGGACGUGGUCGUGGUAGUGGACGUGGACGUGGUCGUGGACGUGGACGUGGACUUGGACGUGGACGUGGACGUGGACGUGGUCGUGGACGUGGACGUGGACGUGGACUUGGUCGUGGUCGUGGACGUGGACGUGGUCGUGGACGUGGACGUGGACUUGGACGUGGACGUGGACGUGGACUUGGACGUGGACGUGGUCGUGGACGUGGACGUGGACCUGGACGUGGACGUGGACGUGGACGUGGAGGACGUGGACGUCGACGUGGAGGACGUGGACUUGGACGUUGACGUGGACGUGGACGUGGACGUGGUCGUGGACGUGGUCGUGGACGUGGACCUGGACGUGGACGUGGACGUGGACGUGGACGUGGUCGUGGACGUGGACGUGGACGUGGACGUGGACCUGGACGUGGUCGUGGACGUGGACGUGGUCGUGGACGUGGUCGUGGACGAGGACGUGGACGUGGUCGUGGACGUGGACGUGGACGUGGUCGUCGACGUGGACGUGGACAUGGACCUGGACGUGGACGUGGACGUGGACGGGGACGUGGAGGUGGACUUGGACAUGGACGUGGACUUGGACGUGGUCGUGGACGUGGACGUGAAAUUGGACGUGGACGUGGACGUGGACGUGGACCUGGAUUUGGACGUGGACGUAGAUAUGGAGGACUUGGACGUGGACAUGGAUGUGGACGUGGACGUGGUUGUGGACGUGGACGUGGACGUGGACCUGGACGUGGACGUGGACGUGGACGUGAACUUGGGCGUGGACGUGGACGUGGACGUGGACGAGGACUUGGACGUGGACGUGGACCUGGACGUGGACGUGGACGUGGACUUGGACGUGGACGUGGACUUGGACGUGGUCGUGGACGUGGACGUGAAAUUGGACGUGGACGUGGACGUGGACGUGGACCUGGAUUUGGACGACAUGGACGUGGACGUGGACGUGGACGUGGACGUGGUCGUGGACGUGGACGUGGACGUGGUCGUGGACGUGGACGUGGUCGUGUACGUGGACGUGGACGUAGACGUGGUCGUGGACGUGGACUUGGACGUGGACUUGGACGUGGACGUGGACGUGGACGUGGACGUGGUCGUGGACGUGGACGUGGACGUGGACUUGGACUUGGACGUGGUCGUGGACGUGGACCUGGACGUGGUCGUGGACGUGGACGUGGUCGUGGACGUGGACGUGGACGUGGAGCUGGACGUGGACGUGGACGUGGUCGUGGACGUGGUCGUGGUCGUGGACGUGGUCGUGGACGUGGACGUGGACGUGGACGUGGACGUGGUCGUGGUCGUGGACGUGGACGUGGAGGACUUGGACGUGGAUGUGGACGUGGACGUGGUCGUGGACGUGGACCUGGACGUGGACGUGGACGUGGAGGACUUGGACGUGGACGUGGACGUGGACGUGGUCGUGGACGUGGACAUGGAUGUGGACGUGGUCGUGGACGUGGACGUGGGCGUGGACUUGGACGUGGACGUGGACGUGGACGUGGACGUGGUCCUGGACGUGGUCGUGGACGUGGACCUGGACGUGUACGUGGACGUGGACGUGGACGUGGACGUGGAGGACUUGGACGUGGACGUGGACGUGGUCGUGGACGUGGACGUGGACGUGGUCGUGGUCGUGGACGUGGACGUGGACGUGGUCGUGGACGUGGACGUGGACUUGGACGUGGACGCGGACGUGGACGUGGUCGUGGACGUGGACGUGGACUUGGUCGUGGUCGUGGACGUGGACGUGGUCGUGGACGUGGACGUGGACUUGGACGUGGACGUGGACGUGGACUUGGACGUGGACGUGGUCGUGGACCUGGACGUGGACCUGGACGUGGACGUGGACGUGGACGUGGAGGACGUGGACGUCGACGUGGAGGACGUGGACUUGGACGUUGACGUGGACGUGGACGUGGUCGUGGACGUGGUCGUGGACGUGGUCGUGGACGUGGACCUGGACGUGGACGUGGACGUCGACGUGGACGUGGUCGUGGACGUGGACGUGGACGUGGACCUGGACGUGGUCGUGGACGUGGACGUGGUCGUGGACGUGGUCGUGGACGAGGACGUGGACGUGGUCGUGGACGUGGACGUGGACGUGGUCGUCGACGUGGACGUGGACGUGGACCAGGACGUGGACGUGGACGUGGACGGGGACGUGGACGUGGACUUGGACGUGGACGUGGACUUGGACGUGGUCGUGGACGUGGACGUGAAAUUGGACGUGGACGUGGACGUGGACGUGGACCUGGAUUUGGACGUGGACGUAGAUAUGGAGGACUUGGACGUGGACGUGGAUGUGGACGUGGACGUGGUUGUGGACGUGGACGUGGACGUGGACCUGGACGUGGACGUGGACGUGGACGUGGACUUGGGCGUGGACGUGGACGUGGACGUGGACGAGGACUUGGACGUGGACGUGGACCUGGACGUGGACGUGGACGUGGACGUGGACUUGGACGUGGACGUGGACUUGGACGUGGUCGUGGACGUGGACGUGAAAUUGGACGUGGACGUGGACGUGGACGUGGACCUGGAUUUGGACGUGGACGUAGAUAUGGAGGACUUGGACGUGGACCUGGACGUGGACGUGGACGUGGACGGACGUGGUCGUGGACGUGGACGUGGACGUGGCUGGGUCGUGGUCGUGGACGUGGACGUGGACGUUGACGUGGACUUGGACGUGGACGUGGACUUGGACUUGGACGUGGACAUGGACGUGGAGGACUUGGACGUGGACGUGGACGUGGACGUGGUCGUGGACGUGGACGUGGUCGUGUACGUGGACGUGGACGUAGACGUGGUCGUGGACGUGGACUUGGACGUGGACUUGGACGUGGACGUGGACGUGGUCGUGGACGUGGACGUGGUCGUGGACGUGGAGGUGGACGUGGACUUGGACUUGGACGUGGUCGUGGACGUGGUCGUGGACGUGGACGUGGACGUGGUCGUGGACGUGGACGUGGUCGUGGACGUGGACGUGGACGUGGAGCUGGACGUGGACGUGGACGUGGUCGUGGACGUGGUCGUGGUCGUGGACGUGGACGUGGACAUGGACGUGGUCGUGGACGUGGACGUGGACUUGGACGUGGACGUGGACUUGGACGUGGACGUGGACGUGGACGUGGACGUGGAGGACUUGGACGUGGACGUGGACGUGGACCCAAAACGCGGAAGGAUUAGCACAUGUGCAGGAAAUGCAGCGUGCGGUCUUCAUUCGGGAGCGCCGUUGACCGAUGAUACUCGCAACCCUCCCACGCCCUUGCUAGCUUGGAGCUUGUCUGGUCUAGGAGCUUGCCUGUUCAAGGAGCUUGCCUGGUCCAGGAGCUUGCCUGUUCUAGUAGCUUGCCUGGGCGAGGAGCUUGCCUGGUCCACGAGCUUGCCUAGUCCAGGAGCUUGCAUUGUCCAGGAGCUUGCCUGGAGCUUGCCUGGUCCCAUUCUCCCGCUUUCCAUCACCCCGCCCCAUUCUCCCUCCUUCUAUCACCCAGACCCAUUCUCCCGCUUUCCAUCACCCCACCCCAUUCUCUUGCUUUCCAUCACCCCGCUCUAUUCUCCUGCUUUCCAUCACCCCGCCCCAUUCUCCCUCUUUCCAUCACCCCUCCCUAUUCUCCAUCUUUCCAUCACCCCGCCCUAUUCUCCCGCUUUACAUAACCCCUCCCGAUUCUCCCGCUUUGCAUCACCCUGCCCCAUUCUCCUUCCUUCCAUCGCCCCGCCCCAUUCUCCCGCUUUUCAUCACACCCGCCUCAUUCUCCCGCUUUCCAUCACCCCGCCCCAUUCUCCCGCUUUCCAUCACCCUGCCCCAUUCUCCCGCUUUCCAUCACCCUGCCCCAUUCUACCGCUUUCCAUCACCCUGCCCCAUUUUCCCUCCUUUCAUCACCCCGCCCCAUUUUCCCGCCUUCCAUCGCCCCGCCCCAUUCUCCCGCUUUCCAUCGCCCCGCCCCAUUAUCCCGCUUUCCAUCACCCCGCCCCAUUCUCCCGCUUUCCAUCACCCCGCCCCAUUCUCCCGCUUUCCAUCACCCUGCCCCUUCUCCCGCUUUCCAUCACCCCGCCCCAUUCUGCUACUUUCCAUCACCCCACCCCAUUCUCCCUCCUUCCAUCACCCCGCCCCAUUUUCCCGCCUUCCAUCACCCCGCCCCAUUCUCCCGCUUUCCAUUACCCCGCCCCAUUCUCCUGCUAUCCAUCAUCUCGCCCCAUUCUCCCGCUUUCCAUCACCCUGCCCCAUUCACACGCUUUCCAUCACCCUGCCCCAUUCACACGCUUUCCAUCACACCGUCCCAUUCUCCCGCUUUCCAUCACCCUGCCCCAUUCUCCCGCUUUACAUCACCCCGCCCCAUUCUCCCGCUUUCCAUCACCCCGCCCCAUUCUCCCGCUUUCCAUCAUCCCGCCCAAUUCUCCCGCUUUCCAUCACCCCGCCCCAUUCUCCAGCUUUCCAUCACCCCGCCCCAUUCUCCCUCCUUCCAUCACCCCGCCCCAUUCUCCCUCUUUCCAUCACCCCGCCCUAUUCUUCCGCUUUACAUCACCCCGCCCGAUUUUCCUGCUUUCCAUCUCUUCGAUUCAUUCUCCCGCUUUCCAUCACCCCGCCCCGUUCUCCCGCUUUCCAUCACCCCGCCCCAUUCUCCCGCUUUCCAGCACCCCGCCCCAUUCUCCCGCUUUCCAUCACCCUGCCCCAUUUUCCCUCCUUUCAUCACCCCGCCCCAUUUUCCCGCCUUCCAUCGCCCCGCCCCAUUCUCCCGCUUUCCAUCGCCCCGCCCCAUUAUCCCGCUUUCCAUCACCCCGCCCCAUUCUCCCGCUUUCCAUCACCCCGCCCCAUUCUCCCGCUUUCCAUCACCCUGCCCCUUCUCCCGCUUUCCAUCACCCCGCCCCAUUCUGCUACUUUCCAUCACCCCACCCCAUUCUCCCUCCUUCCAUCACCCCGCCCCAUUUUCCCGCCUUCCAUCACCCCGCCCCAUUCUCCCGCUUUCCAUUACCCCGCCCCAUUCUCCUGCUAUCCAUCAUCUCGCCCCAUUCUCCCGCUUUCCAUCACCCUGCCCCAUUCACACGCUUUCCAUCACCCUGCCCCAUUCACACGCUUUCCAUCACACCGUCCCAUUCUCCCGCUUUCCAUCACCCUGCCCCAUUCUCCCGCUUUACAUCACCCCGCCCCAUUCUCCCGCUUUCCAUCACCCCGCCCCAUUCUCCCGCUUUCCAUCAUCCCGCCCAAUUCUCCCGCUUUCCAUCACCCCGCCCCAUUCUCCAGCUUUCCAUCACCCCGCCCCAUUCUCCCUCCUUCCAUCACCCCGCCCCAUUCUCCCUCUUUCCAUCACCCCGCCCUAUUCUUCCGCUUUACAUCACCCCGCCCGAUUUUCCUGCUUUCCAUCUCUUCGAUUCAUUCUCCCGCUUUCCAUCACCCCGCCCCGUUCUCCCGCUUUCCAUCACCCCGCCCCAUUCUCCCGCUUUCCAGCACCCCGCCCCAUUCUCCCGCUUUCCAUCACCCCGCCCCAUUCUCCCGCUUUCCAUCACCCCGCCCCAUUCUCCUUCUUUCCAUCACCCCGCCCCAUUCUCCAGCUUUACAUCACCCCGCCCCAUUCUCCCGCUUUCCAUCACCCCGCCCCAUUCUCCCGCUUUCCAUCACCCCGCCCCAUUCUCCAGCUUUCCAUCACCCCGCCCCAUUCUCCCUUCUUCCAUCACCCCUCCCCAUUCUCCCUCCUUCCAUCACCCGCCCCAUUCUCCCGCUUUCCAUCACCCCGCCCCAUUCUCACGCUUUCCAUCACCCCUCCCCAUUCUCCCGCUUUCCAUUACCCUGCCCUAUUCUACCGCUUUCCAUGAACCCGCCCCAUUCUUCCUCCUUCCAUCAUUCUGCCCCAUUCUCCCUCCUUCCAUCACCCCACCCCAUUCUCCCGCUUUCCAUCACCCCGCCCCAUUUUCCCGCUUUCCAUCACCCCGCCCCAUUCUCCCGCUUUCCAUCACCCCGCCCCAUUCUUCCUCUUUCCAUCACCCCGCCCCAUUCUCCCGCUUUCCAUCACCCCGCCCCAUUCUCCCUCCUUCCAUCACCCUGCCCCAUUCUCCCUCCCUCCAUCACCCCGCCCCAUUCUCCCGCUUUCCAUCACUCCGCCCCAUUCUCCCGCUUUCCAUCACCCCGCCCCAUUCUCCCGCUUUCCAUCACCCCGCCCCAUUCUCCCACUUUCCAUCACCCCGCCCCACUCUCCCGCUUUCCAUCACCCCGCCCCAUUCUCCAGCUUUCCGUCAACCCUCCCCAUUCUCCCUUCUUCCGUCACCCCGCCCCAUUCUCCCUCCUUCCAUCACCCGCCCCAUUCUCCCGCUUUCCAUCACCCCGCCCCAUUCUCCCGCUUUCCAUCACCCUGCCCCAUUCUCACGCUUUCCAUCACCCCGCCCCAUUCUCCCGCUUUCCAUUACCCCGCCCCAUUCUACCGCUUUCCAUCAACCCGCCCCAUUCUUCCUCCUUCCAUCACCCGCCCCAUUCUCCCGCUUUCCAUCACCCCGCCCCAUUCUCCCGCUUUCCAUCACCCUGCCCCAUUCUCCCGCUUUCCAUCACCCGCCCCAUUCUCACGCUUUCCAUCACCCCGCCCCAUUCUACCGCUUUCCAUCACCCCACCCCAUUCUCCCGCUUUCCAUCACCCCGCCCCAUUUUCCCGCUUUCCAUCACCCCGCCCCAUUCUCCCGCUUUCCAUCACCCCGCCCCAUUCUCCCGCUUUCCAUCAGCCCGCCACAUUCUCCCUUUUUCCAUCCCCCCGCCCCAUUUUCCCUCCUUCCAUCACCCUGCCCCAUUCUCCCUCCUUCCAUCACCCCGCCCCAUUCGCCCGCUUUCCAUCACCCCGCCCCAUUCUCCCGCUUUGCAUCACCCCGCCCCAUUCUCUCUUCUUUUAUGAACCCAACCCAUUCUCCCGCUUUCCAUCACCCCGCCCCAUUCUCCCGCUUUCCAUCACCCCGCCCCUUUCUCCCGCUUUCAAUCACCCCGCCCCAUUCUCCCGCUAUCCAUCAUCCCGCCCCAUUCUCCCGCUUUCCAUCACCCCGCCCCAUUCUCCCGCUUUCAAUCAACCCGCCCCAUUCCUCCGCUUUCCAUCACCCCGCCCCAUUCUCCCGCUUUCCAUCAUCCCGCCCUAUUCUCCCUCCUUCCAUCACCCUGCCCCAUUCUCCCUCCUUCCAUCACCCCGCCCCAUUCUCCCGCUUUCCAUCACCCCGCCCCAUUCUCCCGUUUUCCAUCACCCCGCCCCAUUCUCCCGCUAUCCAUCAUCCCGCCCAUUCUCCCGCUUUCCAUCACCCUGCCUCAUUCAUCCGCUUUCCAUCACCCCGCCCCAUUCUCCCGCUUUCCAUCACCCGCCCUAUUCUCCCGCUAUGCAUCAUCCCGCCCCAUUCUCCCGCUUUCCAUCACCCUGCCCCAUUCAUCCCGCUUUCCAUCACCCCACCCUAUUCUCUUGCUUUCCAUUACCCCGCCCCAUUCUCCCGCUUUCCAUCACCCCGCCCCAAUCCCCCGCUUUCCAUUACCCCGCCCUAUUCUACCGCUUUUCAUCACCCCGCCCCAUUCUCCCGCUUUCCAUCACCCUGCCCCAUUCCUUUGCUUUCCAUCACCCCGCCCCAUUCUCCCGCUUUCCAUCACCCCGCCCUAUUCUCCCUCCUUCCAUCAACCUGCCCCAUUCUCCCUCCUUCCAUCACCCUGCCCCAUUCUCCCGCUUUCCAUCACCCCGCCCCAUUCUCCCGUUUUCCAUCACCCCGCCCCAUUCUCCUGCUAUCCAUCAUCCCGCCCCAUUCUCCCGCUUUCCAUCACCCUGCCCCAUUCAUCCACUUUCCAUGA